GGGGGGAAAAUGGCGGUGUCCCGUCGAUCCUCACAGCACCAACAAAGCAGCCUGCAGCCGUCUCCGCGGAAUGCCGUGAUCGCGUCCCCCCCUCCUGAAUCGCCGUCCGCGAUUAUUCCCGAAUCGACGAGUUUAUUGAGCCCCUCGUCCACUGGCGCAGCGGAAUGCGGUGGAGCGACGAUGGAGUCCGCAGCGGCCUCCUCCUCCUCCGCCUCUUCCCCGGACCGGCCCUCCCCAGCAACAGCAGUGGCCGCCGCAGCGUCGUCAGCAGCCGGGAGCUCCAGCUGCAGCAGCAUUAGUUCAAGCGCGACCGCAGGCAGCCAGAGCCCCGGCUCAGGAGCGACCAGUCCCGGUGAAGGAGUGUGCGGUGCUGGCGGGGCGUUCAGAGAGCUAUUUGAGGCCUGUCGGAACGGAGAUGUGUCGCGGGUGAAGAGGCUGGUGGACUCGGUGAAUGUGAACGCCAAAGACAUGGCCGGACGAAAAUCAACCCCUCUGCAUUUCGCUGCAGGCUUUGGCAGAAAGGAUGUGGUCGAGCAUCUCCUGCAAACCGGAGCAAAUGUCCAUUCCCGCGACGACGGUGGUCUGAUCCCGCUCCAUAACGCCUGCUCGUUCGGGCAUGCAGAGGUGGUCAGCCUGCUGCUGUGUAGCGGCGCGGACCCCAACGCACGAGAUAACUGGAACUACACACCUCUACACGAGGCUGCCAUCAAGGGCAAAAUAGACGUGUGCAUUGUGUUGCUCCAGCACGGUGCUGAUCCAAACAUUAGAAACACUGACGGCAAAUCAGCUCUGGACCUGGCAGACCCUUCUGCUAAGACCGUCCUCACUGGUGAAUAUAAGAAGGAUGAACUGUUGGAGGCAGCGAGGAGCGGAAACGAGGAAAAGCUGAUGGCGCUUUUGACCCCACUUAACGUCAACUGUCAUGCCAGCGAUGGACGCAAGUCAACAUCACAAAAAAUGCUGUCCACCCCUCUUCACCUGGCCGCUGGAUAUAAUCGUGUGCGUAUAGUGCAGCUACUGCUGCAGUACGGCGCUGACGUCCAUGCCAAAGACAAAGGUUUUCUCCCCCCUGCUGUACCGAACCCGUACCGAACUCCGACUUCAAAACCGAGUGGUCUGGUUCCUCUGCAUAAUGCCUGCUCUUAUGGUCACUACGAGGUCACAGAGCUCCUGUUGAAGCAUGGGGCGUGCGUUAACGCCAUGGACUUGUGGCAGUUCACCCCGCUGCACGAGGCGGCCAGUAAGAAUCGAGUGGAGGUGUGUUCACUGCUACUGAGUCACGGCGCCGAUCCCACACUGCUCAACUGCCACGGCAAGAGCGCGGUGGAUGUGGCGCCCACACCUGAGCUUAAAGAGAGACUCACCUAUGAGUUUAAAGGACAUACGCUUUUGCAAGCGGCCCGCGAGGCAGACAUGGCAAAGGUCAAGAAAACGGCUCAAGAGAUCAUCAGCUUCAAACACCCUCACUCCCACGACUCUGCUUUGCACUGCGCUGUAGCCUCUCCUCAUCCCAAACGCAAACAGGUCACAGAGCUGCUGCUACGGAAAGGUGCCAACAUUCAUGAGAAGAACAAGGAUUUUAUGACUCCGUUCCAUGUAGCGGCUGAGCGGGGUCAUAAUGAUGUGCUUGAAGUCCUGCAGAAACAUGGAGCAAAGGUACCAGCAUGGGAUGUGUUCCAGGAUCUAGUGAAUGCUGUGGACACACUGGGACAGACAGCUCUGCACAGGGCGGCACUUGCUGGCCACAUCCAGACUUGCAGACUAUUGCUGAGUUACGGAGCCGACCCGUCAAUCAUUUCACUGCAGGGCUUCACCGCCUCACAGAUGGGCAAUGAAGCCAUUCAACAGAUACUAAAUGAGAACAUUCCUCCCCGUAAUUCGGAUGUGGAUUACCGCUUUCUUGAGGCUGCUAAAGCCGGAGACCUUGACACAGUGAAGCAACUGUGCUCCCCUCAAAACGUGAACUGUCGUGAUCUGGAGGGCCGUCACUCCACCCCGCUGCAUUUUGCUGCAGGCUACAACCGCGUGGCUGUGGUGGAAUACCUGCUGCAUCAUGGGGCCGAUGUGCACGCUAAAGAUAAAGGUGGUCUGGUUCCUUUGCACAACGCAUGUUCGUAUGGUCACUAUGAGGUGGCAGAGCUGCUGGUGAGACAUGGAGCGUCUGUGAAUGUGGCAGACCUUUGGAAGUUCACACCACUGCAUGAAGCUGCAGCCAAGGGCAAAUAUGAGAUCUGCAAACUACUGCUCAAGCACGGCGCUGACCCAUCUAAGAAGAACCGCGAUGGCAACAUGGCUCUGGACAUGGUGAAGGACGGAGACACGGACAUCCAGGACCUGCUGCGUGGAGACGCCGCCUUGCUGGAUGCCGCCAAGAAGGGCUGUCUGGCUCGAGUGCAGAAACUCUGCAGCCCUGAAAACAUCAACUGCAGAGACACACAGGGCAGGAACUCCACACCACUGCACCUUGCAGCUGGUUAUAAUAACCUGGAGGUGGCCGAGUAUCUCCUGGAGCACGGAGCUGAUGUGAACGCUCAGGAUAAAGGAGGACUGAUCCCUCUGCAUAAUGCUGCUUCAUAUGGGCAUGUGGAUAUCGCUGCCCUCCUGAUCAAGUAUAACACGUGCGUAAAUGCGACGGAUAAGUGGGCGUUCACUCCGCUGCAUGAGGCUGCACAGAAGGGCCGCACACAGCUGUGUGCACUGCUGCUGGCACACGGCGCUGACCCAACCAUGAAGAACCAGGAGGGACAGACAGCUCUGGACCUGGCCACGGCCGAUGACAUUCGUGCAUUGCUGAUGGACGCAAUGCCUCCUGAUGCCCUUCCCAGCUGUUUCAAACCGCAGGCCACCGUACUCAGCGCUGCUCUGAUAUCACCCGCCUCCACGCCCUCCUGCCUCUCCGCUGCCUCCAGCAUCGAUAACCUGGCCGGGCCCCUCUGCGACGGGGCCAGUGGAGGGGCUACAGGACCCGCUGAUGGAGCCUCCGGAACUGAGCGGAAGGAAGGAGAUGCUGUCCUAGAUAUGAACAUCUCACAAUUCCUGAAGAGUCUGGGGCUUGAACAUUUGAGGGACAUCUUUGAGAGAGAACAGAUUACUCUGGACGUGUUGGCUGAUAUGGGUCACGAGGAGCUCAAAGAGAUCGGCAUCAAUGCUUACGGACACCGUCAUAAACUCAUCAAAGGCAUUGAGAGGCUGCUGGGAGGACAGCAGGGUGCCAACCCAUACCUGACCUUCCACUGCACCAAUCAGGGCACAGUAUUGAUUGACUUGGCUGUGGAUGAUAAAGAGUUUCAGUCCGUUGAGGAAGAGAUGCAAAGCACAAUUCGGGAGCACAGGGAUGGAGGAAACGCGGGUGGCGUUUUCAGUCGAUAUAAUGUCAUCAAGAUCCAGAAGGUGGUGAAUAAGAAGCUGAGAGAGCGAUAUACACACAGGCAGAAAGAGAUUGCGGACGAGAAUCACAAUCACCACAAUGAGCGAAUGCUGUUUCACGGAUCUCCGUUCAUAAAUGCCAUCAUCCAUAAAGGAUUCGAUGAGCGUCAUGCAUAUAUUGGUGGCAUGUUUGGAGCUGGCAUAUAUUUUGCAGAGAACUCCUCUAAGAGUAACCAGUAUGUCUAUGGCAUUGGUGGCGGCACUGGCUGCCCCACUCACAAAGACCGUUCCUGUUACGUGUGCCACAGGCAAAUGUUGUUCUGUCGUGUGACAUUGGGAAAGUCCUUUCUGCAGUUCAGCGCCAUGAAGAUGGCCCACGCUCCCCCUGGGCAUCACUCUGUGAUCGGCCGUCCCAGUGUCAACGGCCUGGCCUACGCGGAGUAUGUGAUCUACCGCGGAGAACAGGCCUACCCAGAGUAUCUCAUCACUUAUCAGAUAUUAAAGCCGGACAGCACGCCUCAGUCCUCCACAGGAGCAGAGCAGAAGUCAUAGUCAGCACACUGCAUUUCUACACUCACUCACUCACUCACUCGCUCACACAGUCACUCAUUCUUUCUCACUCUCUUGUUGCACAAAGGAAAUGUGAACUUUCCCAUGUACCCACGUCUUACCCAUGGAAUUCCCAUGUAUGAAUUAUGAAUUUGCACUUUUAAAAACAAGUUACUUAAGUUAUUUGAAAAUAGUUGCAAUUGUGAAGUCUAAUGUACAGGUAGUAUAAAGAAAACAUGUAAAACUGACUGUUUAACGAUGCUAUUUGAGUUGUAUUUUAAUGGAACUUUUUUUUUUUUUUGAGUCUGUUCAUUUCUUUUAAAUAAAUCUCAUCAACAGGA